AUGGAGAACAAAGAUAAAAUAUUGGGUGCCAAUAGCAUUAAGAUACAUAAAAAAUUCAUUGAAAAGAAUAGAAAAGAAAAGAAAAGAAAAAUAUUAAAAGAAAAAAAGGAAAAAAAUAAGAUAAAAAAAGGAGAAAAAGAAUAUAAGAAUAAUAUUGAAAACUCUACAAAAAAUGUACAAACUAAUAAAAAUAAUAUAAAGAAUUUAACAGAUGAUUCUAAAGUUUCUAAAAAAGAUAAUAAAUAUAAUGUAAAACAUAAUUUGAAAAGAAAAAAAAAGAAAAAAAUUUCAAAGAUAUUGAAAAAAUUAAGUUCAAAAAAUGAAACUAAAAAGGAAGAAAUUAGUUCAGUUGUCAAAUUUUUAAGUAAAAAUGAAGCAGUUAAUCUAAAAAUAAACGAUAAAAAAAAUGAUGGGGAAAUAACAACAAACAUUAAUUCAAGUAAAGACAAAGAAUUAAAAGGAUUAAAAAAGCAUACAUUGCAAGAUGAGGAUGAAUAUAAAAAGAAAUUAUUUGAAAAAAAUAAGAGGACUGUUUUUGUUGGAAAUGUUCCUUUAAAAAAUGUAACAGGCCCAAAACUGUUAAAAAUACUGAAUAUUAAGCGUUCUAUUGUUGAAUCAAUUAGAUUUCGAUCGUUACCAUUAGAAGAAAAAUAUGCAAAUAAGAAAAAGUUAGGAGUUAUACUUAAAAAAUUUACCGAUGCUAAAGAUAACAAAAAUGCAUUAAUAACAUUAAAGAAAGAGGAUUAUGUACCAACUCUUUUGAGUAGAAAUGGAACAGUGUAUGAUGGUUAUGUAUUAAGAAUUAAUAAAGUUGGAGAUAAUAAUUUUUUUAAUAAGAAGAAAUCUGUUUGCUUAAGAAAUUUGCAUAAACAACUAAAUGAAAAAGAUUUAUAUGAAAUGAUGAAAGAAGUAGAUGAAAUAAAAGGAAUUCGAAUUUUAAGAGAUAACAUAACAAGUUGUUCUACGGGAGUAGCUUUUAUUUUAUUUAAAAAUAGAAGUUCAGUGAAAAAGGCUAUUGAGAUGUUUAAUGGAAAAAAUAUAAAUAAUAGACAAAUUAUUGUUCAAAAAGUGAUUGAUAAAAACGAAAAAGACAAUGAGAAAAAAAAAAACAAAGAGACAAUGAAAAAAGAAAUUAACAAAAAAUUUAAAAAGUACAGAAAAAAAAAAAAAAAAUACUUCAGAAAAAAAAUUAGAAUAAAAGAUAAAAAUGUUGAAACAAGUUAA